AUGAUUCCUCGAAGAAAAAAUCUUGCGAUUGUAAAUGUGCCUCAAACGACCCGAUAUCUUAAUUGGAGCGGACCAUUUCUUCAAAUUUGUAGAACUGAACAAAGUCGAAAAAGAUUCCCAUUACUUCAUACGAAAGUUGGACCAAUGAUUGUGGGAAAUGUCGACAUGAAUCAACUUUGCCAAGCAGGUACGACACAUACUUCUGAUACAAUUUGUGUAGUCACCUUAAGCUCUGGGUCAGAAAUAAAAAAGAAUUUGAAUGUUAGCGAAUUUCUUUUUAAUGAUAAAGAAUUUUUUUUUUAA